AAGAUAAACAAGAGGAGAGCGAGGAAGAUAAACAGGAGGAGAAAGAGGAGAGCGAGGAAGAUAAACAGGAGGAGAAAGAGGAGAGCGAGGAAGAUAAACAGGAGGAGAAAGAGGAGAGCGAGAAAGGGAAAGAUAAAGAGGAGAGAGCAUGCUCAAGUAAAUGUCACAGUAUUACCUUGUUAUCAGAUAGCUCCAACUCCAGCCCUCCUUGCCAUCGGUGGACCUCAAAAUACAAACGCUCUAGCACCAGAGACCAGGACCGAGACAGAGACAGGGGUAGAUCUGAGAGAGACAGAGACAGACGCUCAAGCACCAGAGACCAGGACAGAGAGAGAGACAGAGACAGGGGCAGAUCUGAGAGAGACAGAGACAGGUGCAGAUCUGAGAGAGACAGAGACAGACGCUCAGGCACCAGAGACCAGGACAGAGAGAGAUACAGAGACAGACGCUCAAGCACCAGAGACCAGGACAGAGAGAGAGACGGGGGCAGAUCUGAGAGAGACAGACACUCUAGUACCAGAGAGCUGGAUAGAUAUAGAUGGUGGGAGACAGAAAGGAAAAUACGCACUAGUACUAGAGACGGGGACAGAGAGUGGGACAGGAGCAGAUCUGAGAGAGACAAGGACAGAGAGGGAUGGUGGGAGCGAGACAAAGAGUGGGAUGGGGACAAGGAAAGCUUCCGGGGGCUUUACCCAUACUCCAACGAUCCUACACACCCUCGUGCAUCUUUGAUGGCAACCGACCCAGUGCAGUACUCUCAGUACAUGGCAUACCACGGCGGCCCCUACGCCAGCGCCUUCCCUCCAGGGUGUAGCUUUCCCCCUGCUACCGUGUUCCCUAGUACCAUGCCCCCGAGUAUCGUGCUCCCUGGUACAGUGCCCCCCCCUAACCCCCUUGGGUAUCCACUGUACCCCAACUGCCCACCUUCUUACUAUAGUGGCACUCCAGAAAGAUUUUUCCAGCCAUACACACAGGCCACUGGAAACCCUCAGUUCACAAACAUGGAUGAACAAGUGAGGGACCCAGACGCAUCCCUGAGCAUCCCUGAACAGGAAGUAAAGACUGUGUGGCCCAGACUUGUCCAUCCCAGCAUAAACCAAGACUCAAAGCCUGCCGGACUAAACCGUUUGAGUAUAAAAAUGCAACUGAAGAGGCAACGCUAUCGGAUUAACUUGAUUAAUCGCAAAAAUAUACAAGAAUUGAGGCAGCUUAAAGAAACUCCUCUGGUGGCUGCCAAGGAGCCCGGUACAAAGAAAGUGCCAGAAGGAGAUGCAGUCAUAGAAGGGGAGAAAUUGCAUUUUGUGGUCCCUCCGGUGGCUACAAAGUAUUCUGGGGCACCCUCUAGAACAGGAUUCCCAAAUAGAAAAGGGAGAAAGGUGAAAAACCUGGAAGAAAAAGGAGGUUUAUUCAACCAAGGUUUAUCCAUGAGAAACAGAGCCUAUAUGACAAGGUGGAAACUGCGUUUGGCGGAAGCGGUUGCAAAAGGCCUUGAGGUCCCCUCUGAACCAGAGCCCAAGACGGCGCCAGAAGCGGAGGACAAAUCAUUGACAGAAUGGCAGAGGGUGUUUGCAGACUCUGUGGCGAAUGUGGCUGCAACGGACCUAUUUGCCCUCUCUGAACCCGAGGCUGAGAAAAAGCCAGACUGGGAGACAGAGCAGAAAAGGACAGACGAAGAGAUGAAGGUGAAAUUAAAGAAAAAGCUUGGUGAGUUCAACCUGAAGAUGAAGCAGAAAUCGACGCAUUUAAAAGAAGUCCCAUCAGAAGCCCCAACAUAACCUGAAAGGGCGGAUGUUGUAGUGCGUCAUGAGCUCACCUCCCCUUCAAACCUGCUGCUGACCCAUCCAGACCCCUUGGACAUCCGUUGGCUAACAUUCUCUUUAUCUAAUAUACACUCACUGGCCAGUUUAUUAGGUACAUAACGGGUCGGAUCCUCCUUUUCCUCCAGAACGGCCUGAAUUGUUCGGGGCAUUCUACAAGUUGUCUGAAAUGUUCCACAGGGAUGCUGGUGCGAUGGCAUCACGCAGUUGCUGCAGAUUGGACGGCAAUACAUUCAUGCUGCAAACAGCCCAUUCCAUCUCAUCCCAAAGAUGCUGUACUGGGUUGAGGUCUGAGGACUGCACAGGCCACUCAAGUAAACUGAACUUGCUGUCAUGCUCCAGGCAAUGUUUUUUCACUCCUCGAUUGUCCAGUGUUGAUGAUCACAUGCCCACUGGAGCUGCUGCUUCUUGUUUUUAGCUGUGGAACCCGGUGUGGUCGUCUGCUGCAAUAGCCCAUCCGUGACAAGGAUCGACAAGUUGUGCGUUCUGAGAUGCUGUUCGGCACACCGCCAUUUUUUGUUUGUUUGUGGCCCGUCUGUUAGCUUACACGAUUCUUGCCAUUCUCUUUUGACCUCUCAUCAACUAGUUGUUUUCGCCAACUGCUGCAGAAUGGAUUUAAUUAUUAUUUUUUUUUAUCAUUCUAGUGGUUAGAGCGUUGGACUAGUAACCGGAAGGUUGCAAGUUCAAACCCCCGUGCUGACAAGGUACAAAUCUGUUGUUCUGCCCCUGAACAGGCAGUUAACCCACUGUUCCUAGGCCGUCAUUGAAAAUAAUAUUUUGUUCUUAAACUGACUUGCCUAGUUAAAUAAAGGUCAAAUAAAUUCUCGGUUAACACUAGACACUGUUGUGCCUGAAAAGCCCAGGAAGGUGGUCAGUUGUUUUGUACAUUCUAACGUUCAAUGGAACAGUAACUGAAUGCCUCAAUCCCUGUCUCCCUGCUUUAUAUAGCUGUCUGUAAGAGCGAUCCAUUUUCGUAAAUGGGGUGGUGUACCAAAUUAACUGGCCGAUGAGUGAGUUGUUUUUGGGAGUAUCUGUUCUUUAUUUGACUUUUUUAUUUUUGACCAUUUUUACUUUGCUACAUUCGUAAAGAAAAGAAUGUACUUUUUACUCAAUACAAUUUCCCUGACACCAAAAAGUACUCAUUACAUUUUGAAUACCUAGCAGGACGGGAAAAUGGUCCAAUUCACACACUUAUCAGAACAUCCCUGGUCAUCUCUACUGCCUCUGAUCUGGCGGCCUGAGUAUUAGAGUGUGUCCCUGGCUAUCCGUAAAUUAAGAGAACACAUUGUGCCGUCUGGUUGGCUUAAUAUAAGGAAUUAGAAAUUAUUUUACCUUUUGAUACUUAAGUAUAUUUUAGCAAUUACAUUUUACUUUUGAUACUUCGGUAUCUUUAAAACCAAAUACUUUUUACGUAAGUAGUAUUUUACUGGGUGGCUUUUACUUGAGUCAUUUUCUUCAAUUUUGCUCAAGUAUGACGAUUGGGUAGUUUUUCCACCACUGAUUGCAUUCUACCACCUGGAAUGACAUUGCAUUCUACCACCAGAAUAUUUCUAGAUUUGUACACUGAACAAAAACAUAAACACAACAUGUGAAGUGCUGAAGAAAAAACAAAUCCAGGAAAUGUUCCAUAUGCACACAUUUGUUUACAUCCAUGUUAGUGAGCUUUUCUCCUUUGCCAAGAUAAUCCAUCCACCUGACAGUUGUGUCAUAAAGAAGCUGAUUAAACAGCAUGAUCAUUACACAGGUGCACCUUGUGCAGGGGACAAUAAAACGGCCACUUUCAAAUGUACAGUUUUGUCACACAACACAAUGUCGCGGAUGUCUCAAGUUUUGAGGGAGAAUGCUGACUGCAGGAAUUUCCACCAGAGCUCUUGCCAGAUAAUUUAAUGUUGAUUUCUCUACCAUCUCCGUCGUUUUAGAGAAAUUGUCAGUACGUACAUCCGGCCUCACAACUGCAGACCACGUGGGGGGUGCUGUGGAGCAUUUCUGUCUGUAGUGAAGCCCUUUUGUGGGGAAAGAAAUAUUUCUGAUUGGCUGAGCCUGGUGGUGGGUGGCCCUGGCUGCCAAGUGGGUGGGCCUAUGCCCUCCAAGGCCCAACCAUGGCUACACCUCUGCCCAGUCAUGUGAAAUCCAUAAAUUAGUGCCUAAUGAACUUAUUUCCUUAUAUGAACUCUAACCCAGUAAAAACAGAGUUGCAUGUUGCUAUUAUAUUUUUGUUCAGUAUAAUAAUACCACCAUAGGUUUGUCUUUUGGCCAUAUCCUCUGAGGAUUCAUAUUGAAGUUUUUUUUCAGUGUACUGUAUGUUCAGAUUGCUUUUAUGGCAUGGGCAGUACCAGGAGGUUGUUUUAGUUAUAAAAGCCAGGGAAACUGUCUAACUAUUUUCAAUCCCAAGCUUAUAGAUCCUGUCCGGUUUCAUUUUGUAUAUAUUUAACUGAAUAAACUGCUUUCUUUGUA